AUGGCUAGUGAGGUUGAGUUGCAGCUGCUUACUCUGGUAGCAGAGCGUCUUGGUGUGGAGCUCCGAUCCUUAGAUCUCAGUGAAAGCUUCACCAAGAAUGGCGGCCACUCCCUGUCUGCACUCUCGUUGUCGCAUGCCUGCAAGAACAGAGGCAUUGCGCUUUCGGUCAAAGAUAUCUUGAAGGCGCCAUCUUUGACAACUCUGGUUCAGCAAGGCUUAUCUCAUACGACAAAUGCCAAAGUUGCACCUAGCGUGACGCCUGAUUCAAUGCAAGGUUUCGCCCCGACCAAUCGCAAAUCAAGCCUCUUACCAGACCAAUACCCUGCAACAGAGAUGCAAAUGUCAUUGAUCAGGGGCACAUACGAGAAUCCAAAGUUGAAUGUGAUCUAUCACCGGCAGGAUUGCAGUACCGCUGCUCUUGGCAUACUGAAGAGUGCGUGGGAGACUGUCGUCACCAGUGAGGAGAUGUUCCACGUCGAAUUUCAACUGCGCAAGGAAACUUCAUUCUGGACUCGAAGAUGUCGACCGUUUGCCUGGACUGAGAUCACGGUCCAAACCCAGCAUGAUAUCGAGACGGAAACCCUCAAGCCUCCCAGCUUUUCCGGUAUUGGCUACGCAUUCAAGGCAAUCAAGGCCGAACAGUCGACAUGCAGCUUGAAUAACGCCUGCAUAUUGUUCCAGGUCCAUCACGCACUGAUAGAUGGGUAUUCAAUGGAGCGGCUUCUGCAAAAGGUGACCCAAGUUGUGGCGGGUCUAACACCCGCUCCUAGUCCAUCAAUGCUAGAUUUUCUCGUCCAGAAAGAGGCUUAUAUUCAGAAACACCAGAAUGAAGCGGUACAAUUCUGGAUGAGCAAGAAGGAAAUCAUGUCAAAAGCUGUCAGCGAACUGGCCUUUCUGUCAUCAGAGCCAGCAAACGAGUCGUGUGAAACGGAAAGCUUCUUCUUGAACGAUAUCUACACUCUCGACCUGGGAGAUUUUAAAGGAGAAAUAGUUGCGUUUGCACGAGAGCACAAUAUUACUGAAGCCGCGUUGUAUCAUGGCGCUUGGGGCCUGGUCAUGUCGCUUCUCACAGACUCCGACUAUGUAGCAUUCGGAGUUGCUAUGUCUGGCAGGACGAUACCGAUCGCUGGUGCGAUGGACGUGGUUGGAAACCUUGCGACAACAAUACCACUGUUCAUUGAGAUCAAGCAGGAAUUGACAAACCUCGAAUAUCUGCGAUAUAUUCUGCUUAGAGUAGCUGAGCUAGCUUCCGUCGAGUGGGCGUUUCCCGAUGGUUGCUAUGACAGACGUGUCUCAUCGGUCGUUUCCCUUCAAUUCAACCAGAAAAUGCCGCAUGCCCAUGCAAGAGGGCCCAGCAGUUGGACAUCCAGGAUGAACACUGAAAUUCCAAUCAGCAUCACGAUUGAGUUGGAGGGAGUCUUGAAUUUCCAGUACUCACGGACACAAUGCCACCGGGGUAUGAUUGAGAAUGUUUCAGCUGUUUACAAGAAAAUGCUCACUUCUCUGCUAAGGCCAACUCACUCGGUAGGCAUGUGCCUGCUAGAGGCAGUCGAUCUCGAGCAACAGAGCUAUUUACGAAGGCUGGGGAAUUGUUACUCCGCGCUCUCCACAAAUGCGUCUGUCCACGACAGUCUGGUUUCGUUAUUCCGCGGUGCAGCGGCUCGCUACCCGGAAGUGAUAGCGGCUGAAAAAUCCGAGCAAAGGAUGACAUACAAGGAGCUUGAGCUUGCCAGCGACCGAAUAUGCCUGGAGCUCUCAAGGGUCGUUAAAAUCGGAGACGUGGUAUGUGUACACGCUGAUCAGUCUCUCUCAUGGCUGAAAGCGAUCUACGGCGUGCUCAAAUGUGGAGCCACGUACUGUCCGAUGAAUCCGAAUUUGCCAACAUCAUUGCAAAGUUCCAAUUUCCUCACCUCGGGUGCCCAGGUCUACCUCGUGCCAUCCGGUGAUCAGAAAGGUUCAGCACCUCCGGCAUGUCAACAUUGUUUGGCGGUAGACGAAAUUUUGGCGCAGCAUGAAGGGCAGGAUGCUACUUCCUCUGAUGUUACAGACGUCGAUCCGAGCAGCGGGGCCUACCUUUGCUUUACAUCUGGCUCCACAGGGAAGCCGAAGGGGGUACUGUGUACCCAUCGAGGCCUAGUCGCGUUUCAGCGAGACCUGGAGGUACGUCUGUUUGCACAGCCAGGGUGGAAAAUUGCCCAAACUAUGUCCGUUUCAUUCGACGGUAGUAUCCAUGAGAUAUUCUCGGCGCUCUCCUAUGGAGCUACCCUCUUGUUGCCUCAUGAUUGCGACCCUUUCGGCCACCUGGCAGAGGCUGAUGCAGCCAUAUUUACUCCUUCGGUUGCGAAAGUCCUGCACCCAGCUGACUAUAAGAGACUUCAGAAGGUGUAUUUGGUAGGCGAAAAAGUCACCCGAGAAGUUUGCGACAGGUGGGCUGGCGAGAAAGUCGUCUACAACAUGUACGGCCCAACGGAAGCAACCUGCGGAGCAACGAUCAAACGACUUCGAGUUGGUGAGAGUAUCACAAUCGGGGUUCCGAACUCUUCCACCCGCAUCUACAUAUUGGAUAGACAUCGUCGACUCACGGUGCCCGGUUGGAUCGGUGAAGUAUGUCUUGCUGGUGUACAAGUCUCCAAGGGCUACGUCGGUCAACCAGAAGCCACUCGCAAGAAAUUUAUUCCUGAUCCUGUCUGUAACGGCUUGGGAGAGUAUGCCUAUUGUACGGGUGAUCUUGGCUACUGGACCGACUCUGGAGAGGUCGUUUUGCUUGGAAGAACAGAUCGACAAAUCAAGCUUAGGGGUUUCCGUGUUGACUUGGACGACAUCGAGGCACGGGUAGCCGGCAUCCCAGGAGUGUCUGCCGUCGCUGUGACAAACAAAGACGACUACCUAGUUGCAAUGGUGCAACCUAGCACAAUCUCGAUCCCACAUCUGAAAACGUUGAUGGCGGAGAUCCUCCCUAUCCACGCCAAUCCGCGGGUUGUUAUGGCGGUCGAUGUGUUUCCUCUUACCAAGGCGGGAAAGCUUGACUAUGCGAAGAUUCGAGACAGCCAACUGUGGGCCCCAGAUGUCGCAUCCAUCAGCAUGAACGAUAUGGAGCUGAAGGUUGCCAAGGUAUGGCGGGAGGUAUUGGAGCUCGAAGAUCUGUCCAAGCUACGCCCAGAUUCGCAUUUCUCGGCUCUAGGCGGUCAUUCACUCCAUCAACUACGACUAGCGAGUGCCUUGUCGCAAGAAUUCUUACGCCAGGUUCCUCUCAGUCUGUUGAUCAACAAUCAGCGAUUGUGUGAGCUGGCGAGAUUAAUACCAACGCUGGAAAAGUUCGUCCCCGAGCCAGAGGUUGUCACCGAAAGCUCCCCAAACCCUCCGGAAUCACUAUCACCCAUUGAAGAAUGGUGGGCAGAGCGCUACAGCCAGGCCACGUGUACAACUUGCUUCAACGUAUCUUUUGCUUGCGAGAUUGCUCCGGAAACCGACAGACGCCGUCUGGUGCAAAGCUGGGAUACCUCACUAGCAAGACACUGUAUCCUCAGUUCCAGAUACAUUCCAGGUCCAACAAAUCAAGGGUUCAUAAGAUCAUGGCACAGCACACGUCCACAAGCUCAACUUGUUGACAGCGUUGACAUGACUGUUGAGAUCAACAGACCUUUUGACAUCACGCAAGAUCACCUUAUUCGGGUGUUUGUUUCACCCACCCAUAUCCUGGUGGUGGCAAGUCAUAUUAUCUGUGACCUGAGUACUAUGCAGCUGCUACUCGACGAAGUUGGUAGUACAUAUGCCGGCCAGCCUCCUGUGCAGGCCAGCCUCCCCUAUCCAGCAGGGAAGCUUGCUGGUAGACUAUCUCCACCAGACGACGAGUGUUUCUGGAUCAAUUCCUUGGGAGGAUCGCCAGAAAGUCUUGGUCAAGGAUUUCUCACAGUUUCUGGUGACGGCCACCAGAACAAAGGAAGCUCUAUCACUAUGAAGCUUCCGACAUGGACUGUGCAGACCAUGAAUGCUUUCAUUGAGGGCAACGGCAUCACCAAGCAUCAAUUGGCCAUGGCUGCUGUUGCACUAACACUCCAGUAUGCCGAAUCAUCUAUUGAUAUCACAAUAGGAAGCCCAUACUUGAAUCGGAGAUCCAGUUGCGACUUGAAGACUGUGGGGCUUUACGUCCAGCCGCUUCCAAUUCGUGUCCAUUUUCCUCUAAACGACAGCAAACUCGAAUCUCCUCAAGCUUACGUGAAGGCGGUUCAGUCAGCGAGCCAGGCGGCCGUUUCGCACGCCGUGCCAUGGGACAAUCUGCAACGUAUUAGGGUUUUAGGGUUUAGGGUUUAG